GGGCCGGCCGGGGAAGACGGCGAUGGAGGCUCCUCGGCCGCUGAGCUGCUGGAGAAAGUGGACCCCAUCUCUUCCCAGCAGACCUUCUUCCCAGAACAGCAUCCUAUGGUCGAGGAAGCCAAAGCCCUCCUGUUAACACCAUCUGUGAAGCCAUCGAUUCAUCUCCAGGAUGUGCAUGUUCCUCUCUUACCCUCAACCGGAGGACAGACGAAAAUACAGCCUGCACUUCUGAUUCCUUCACCCUCCCUCCCAGAGCCCUGUAGUCAUUGUUGAACUUUUCAUGGUUCUACCUCUGCAGCAUCCAAGUGCUGAUGUAAGAGAGUUUGCCUGUGCCAACAUUUCCAAAAUGUUGCAGCAGAAGCAUGCAAUCCCAGCCUUUCUGCAGAGAGAUGUAGUCCGGUGUUUGGGUCCCAUGUUGCUUGAUCAAAGUUUAGCUGUUCGUGAGACAGCUGCUGGAGCUCUCCGAAAUCUCAGUGCUUGUGGAGGAUUUGAAGUUUGUGAUGACAUGGUGACUAAAGAUAUCAUGACACCCCUUGUAGCGCUUUUGAAAGAGUUCUUUUCCAAUUCCUUUUUACCUAUUCGGUUACAGUGCAGUGCUGGACUAGAGGCCAACGAGGUCUCUCCCACGAAAUGCCAAGAUACAAAGAAAAAUUGUGUUGAAGACAUAGCCAAUGAGGCUGUUAAUGUGUUAUGGAAUGUAUGUGAGUGCAAUGGUACGGCAGUAUCUGUAUUUAACAAAGAAGGGUGCUUGGAUGUUGUGUUACAAUAUUUGAAGAAAUUUUCCACAAAUAUAGAUCUGGCUAUCUCAGUAGCACAUUGCUUGCAGGCAGUGACAGAAGAUAACCCAGAGCUGCUUUCUUCUUUCAAUGCUUCUGCGCACCAAGUAUUGGAAUCCAUAAUGUUGUCCCAAGACAGUACCAUGGAGCAUAUCCUUUUAAGGACAUUGUUGGCAGGCUCUGUCUGGAAUAUAAAGGACACCAUUCCAUCCAGUAGCCAGGCAAGCACAAUAAAUGCUAUCCUGAAGAUUUUCUCAGAAUCACUAGUGGUGGAUGCUGGUGAAACAGUUAUUCACAUGAAGGAAGCUGAAACACAAAGAUUAAAACUCACUGCAGAGGCAGAAACUGAGGAAAAUGUGGGUGAUAUAAUAGACAACUCUGUAUUGAAUGAAGAUGAUGAAAUGGAAGAACCACCCAAAGGAAAAAUCAAAAGAGACAAUGACAUUUCAGAUCUACUUCCAGCUGAUAAGUGGGAGCUGAAACAAGUGACAGCCUUACUGAUGGCUCAGCAGACAGCCCUGGAAAUCAUUGUUAAUAUGUGCUGCAGUGAAGAUCCCUCUGAUGACGAAUGGGAAGAACUCUCCAGCAGUGAUGAGAGUGAUCUGUUUAUGGAGAAUUCCUACGAUGAGGGCAGUGGGCAGCCCAUGUCACCCCUUUGCCUCUCUGCUGAGGUUCAUGCAGCACUCAUGAACAACCUCAUUCCAAAGAAGAUUCUUGAAAAAACAGCUUUUCCGAACAGCGUUGCUGUAGACAUCUGUAUGCACAGUCCAUCUUGGAAGCCAUUAAUUAGAAAAAUGAACACAGUACAGUGCAGAGCUCUAAUGUGUCUCCAUAGCAUUUUGUUAGUAUCAGAUGUGGAUUGUCUUGGAGGAGCUUCAACACUUCAGUCACUUGCACAGCACCUCUCCCAGCUAGUUUUUUCUCAACCAGAACUUCCUACACACACUGAAUUCCUGGAAGCCAUAACUAGUGCUAUGAGGGCUCUCUUGCAAACAAUGGCAUCAAAGAAUAUAUCUCAGUGUAUGACUCCUGAGCAGCUGAUGACUUUAUGUGAAGCAGGUAUUCAUAGCAGUAAUAUCAGUGUUAGAGUAAAUGUAGUUAGCAUCCUGGGAAUUGCUGGCAGCGUGCUGGCAAAAGUAGAAGAUACAGCUGAAACACUAAAGAUGAUUGGAAAAUUUCUUCUUGAGGUUGCUAUGAAGGAUUCUUCUCUUGUGGUAGCCGGAGAAGCUCUGGAUGCUCUCUUUGAUGUUUUUGCAGAUGGGAAAGAGGCUGAAAAAGCAGCAGUUCAGAUUAAAUUGCUCCCUGCACUGAAAGAAUUCCAGCCAGUCUUCAAAAUGAGGAUGCGGAAAGAAGGAAAAGGACAGUACAGUACAGAUCAGUUGUGUGUUCUUGACAAUGUGAAAAUGAAUUUGAGAAGAUUCAUUGCCUAUCAAGAGAAAUUAGGGGGGGAAAAGACUACUUGAAACAGACUUUAAAUUAAGGUUUUCUUUAUUGAUUGUCAAAUAUGUAAGUUUUGAAUUCUAGAAUUUUGGGGAGAGGGAGUUGUUUUUAUGUUAACUUUGCAUUUCUUACAUUAUGUAUAUUUUAUACUCUCUGGGAAGAUGCAAUAUUAAAGCUGGAUUCAGCAUAUUAAAGUAUUGCAUAACUUUGAAAUUUCAUGUUAAUGCUUGUAAGAAAUGGUGUUGCAAUCUUGAGAUAUGUAAAUACAGUUUACUCUCAUUGUGUGGAAACCUUCAUAUACCCUGGCACAAAAUUAUACCACAAGGAAUUAGUUAAAAAAAUAAAAUCACAGUUACCUACAAAGUUGAGAAAACCCAUAAAAAGCCGAGAUUUUUUUUUCAGGUGAUCUAAGUAGCGGCUAAAUGCCUAAGAAAGUUAAUGUGUCCUGUCAGCUGUGUUCAAAAUUGAAAGGGCAGCUUUGGCAAGUUUCCUGAGCAAAGUAUGAUAAGUACAUAGAUUGUGAUGAGCAUUUGGACUUUUUUUUGUCCUCCGAGGCUUAUCAAAGAAGCAGCUAUGUCAAAUUCACUUUCAUCCAGCAUAAUAAAUUCUUAUAUGACAGGUAAUUAUUGUGGAAGUUAGUUUAGAAGAAACCCGCAAAAGAUAUUUGGCCUGAUUUUUACUUCAUUUUGUGGAUGUUCAGCUUUCUGAAAAUCAGUUCAAUAGGCUUUACUUCCCUUCUGUAGAUCCUACAUUAAGGUAAAGUUUGGAUUCGGGGAAGUAAUACACCUAAUAAAAAAUACAGCUAUUUUUGUACUGAAAUGUGAUAUAAAAAAGAUUUUUAUAAAAAUUGUUGAACUGAUAUCUACUCAAAUGUGUUUGUUGGAGAUUUUAAACUGAAAUGCCUGUAAAAUACAUUACCUAUUUUUGAAGAAGUGUCACUGAUUAUGGAUGCAUAAAGACAAAGAUGGACUUUUAUAUAUGAAAAUUUUUUAUUAAUUUCUUCAAAUGUAUUUGUUUAAUUCAUGAAAACGAAAGUAUCUCAAAUACAUGAUGUAGAAAAAUAAGUUUAGGGGAUGUGUGUGGCUUUGGAGAACUGGGAAUGCAGACAUUACAUCUAAAAACCAAUCAGUUUUAUUCAUUAUGUGAGGUGGGGCGAGAUUCAAAGACCAAUAAAAUUGGGAAGAAUUGAACACUUUAAAGAUGUCAAAUAUUGUAUAAAAUUUUUGGAGGGUGGGGGGGUAUUUUUAGAGCUUGCCUGUUAAGCCUUGUUGAAUGAUUGAAACGGAAUAUUUGAAGACUUUAGUGUUCUGAUGCUAUUGUGCCAGUCCACAGAGAUUUUAGUAGCUAACACUAAAAUGGAUUCUUCUAAAUAUUUUAACUCUAAUGAUCAGAUUUUUACCCCUGUCAGCCUAGGAGUUUUUACCAGAUUCCAGGAAUGGAUGUAUUUUGCUUUAUUGUUCAGUGUCCUAGUCCCAGUGAGGAGAAGAAAAAAUAUAUUAAUUCCUCUGGAAGAGGAGAUUUUA